CCCAGAUUCCGUCCUCCCUUUGUUGGGUGAAGAGCGCCAGGCAAAGGCGUUCACCAAGGCUGUGGAAGGAAGCGGCUCGACCGUGCACACCCGGCUCCGGUCCUGUGGUACAGACAUGGAUGGGAAAAAAUGCAGCGUAUGGAUGUUUCUACCUCUUGUAUUUACUUUGUUUACUUCAGCUGGAUUGUGGAUAGUAUACUUUAUAGCUGUGGAAGAUGACAAAAUUUUACCAUUAAAUUCAGCUGAAAGGAAACCUGGUGGGAAGCGUGCACCGUAUAUAAGUAUUGCAGGUAAUGAUCCUCCUGCAAGCUGUGUGUUUAGCCAAGUUAUGAACAUGGCAGCAUUCCUAGCCCUCGUGGUAGCUGUUCUGCGCUUCAUACAACUGAAACCAAAGGUUUUAAAUCCGUGGCUGAAUAUUAGUGGAUUGGUGGCGCUGUGUUUGGCUUCCUUUGGAAUGACCUUACUUGGUAAUUUCCAGCUCACGAAUGAUGAAGAAAUCCAUAAUGUUGGAACUUCCUUGACCUUUGGAUUUGGCACAUUGACCUGCUGGAUCCAGGCUGCAUUGACACUCAAAGUCAACAUCAAGAAUGAAGGACAGAAAGUUGGAAUUCCACGAGUUAUUCUGUCAGCAUCUAUCACUCUCUGUGUGGUCCUCUACUUCAUCCUCAUGGCCCAAGGCAUCCACAUGUAUGCAGCCAGGGUCCAGUGGGGCCUGGUCAUGUGCUUCCUAUCUUACUUUGGCACCUUUGCAGUGGAGUUCCGGCAUUACCGCUAUGAGAUUGUUUGUUCUGAGUACCAGGAGAAUUUCCUAAGCUUCUCAGAAAGCCUAUCAGAAGCUUCUGAAUAUCAAACCGACCAGGUGUAACCCAUCCGUUUUUCCUUGCUGGUGAAGUGGGUGUGACAGUGGGGGAGGGGCAACAGGACACACUCACAGGACUUGACACAUAACCUUAUGACACAUUUUACACACGCACACGUUCAUGACUCCAUUUGCCAAAUGAGCUUUUCAGGGCGAGUUAUUUCUUUAAUGAAAAAGCACAAGCCCUCUGUGUUAAAAUACACGCUGUUCCACCGAAAAUAUAUGCACGACAGAGCAAGAAGCUUGUGCAUGGUCACCUCUUUUCCCUCCCUCUCCCAGCACUCCCUGCUCUUCUCGUUCUCUUCACGUUUCCAACAUCAUCAUCACCCUGCCAUAGAGUAGGGCAGGCCAAGUGGCAUGGGAGGAAUAUCAACUCCCAAAGUUGCCUUCAGGUCCAAAGGGCUUGGAAUCAGCUUGGGAGGGAGUUCUGAAUCUGGCACUAAUGUUCUUGAAUGAAUAAUAAGAGUAUUAUUUAAUUGGAUGGAAACAGUAGAGAUGUGACCCUGUGUAACCUGUGGAAAGGCAUGGACAGAACCUUCCAACAAAAGUUCCCUUCACCAUUGUUCGGUGUGGGGCUGUGUGGCUCUAAUGAAAGGAAUGUGCUACCGACUGGGAGAGUGAAGCACCACUGUGAUUUGGACUUGAUUCACGGUGACUGAGAUUUCCAAAUGUGAAUAUUUGUAGGGACGUGGUCUGCCAGACAUGGAACACAGGGGCAGUGAGGGUAUGUUUAGUUUUUGUUUCUAUAGUAUGCCAUGUACAGCUUUUGUUUUAUAUUUCAUCGUUUACCUUUUUUAAAAAUUUUAAGUAACUACCAUGGGUCUUUCUAGGUAGGCCUCAUGGGCAAAGAAAAUGUAGACCAAAUGCAGGAGCUUAGCUUGCUUUGGGUUCAACCGUGAUAAAAAGAAAAACAAAAAACAGGUCACCUGCAGGUAUAUUUUGCUGCUUUUAUGCUUGAAGCUGAGAAAAUAUUCACAGGAAAGUACAAAGAACUAUGAAUGUGUGGAGGCAAUAAAAAGAGCUCCUACUGGACAUUUAUAAAAGAUAGGAGUUUUAGAGCAUCUUGCUGCAAGUCCAAAUCAGGGCAGACUCUUAGUAUGUAUUGCUUACAUUUUUUUGGAUCAAGGGCUUUUCAAACCUGAAAUCUGUAAAAGCUAAUUAAAAGAUUACCCUCCCCCAAAACCAAAUUGGCACAGCUGGUCCCCUGCUGCCCACCAUGUAGUUCCCAGCUGCUGAGAGUUCGGACUUCCAGCUGUAGGCGCGGGCUUUUGAGGCUGUGCUUCAUGAAGAAGAGCAGAAUUCCAAAUUCAAAAUGCGCUGGAGUGGGCCAAGUUGACAGACCCUCCACGAGUGUACUUUGUUUAAAGAAAUCUCCAAAUUUACUUUAUAGGGGCCUAGGAUUUCAUGGAAUAUAAUGUGAAGAACAUUGUUUUUUAAAAUUCAGUCCUAAGUCUGAGCUUCUUGAGCAGGAGGAGGUCGAUGUCUUUUCACUUUGUAUUUAUCCCCACCUCCUAGCACAGUGCCUGGCACAUAUUAGGUGCUCAAUAAAUGUCUG